CAGAGAAUAUCCUGAGCUGGAAGGGACCCACAAGGAUCAUCACAUCCAACUCUUGAGAACACCCUGCAUAAGAACACCCCAAGAAUGCCACCAUAUGUCUGAGGAUGCUGUCCAAAUGCUUCCUGAGUGGGGUCAGGUGAGACAGAUAAUUAAAGAAUCAUUAAGACCUCCAAGAUCAUCAAGGCAGACCUUUGACUGAACACCUCCUUGUUAAUUAAACCACAGCACUAAUUGCCACCCGCAGCUCCCUCAGCCACUCCGCAUAGGACUGACUCCCCAGCUCCGUGCCCUUCUCUGGACACACUCCAGCCCCUCAAUGUCUGUUUUGUAGUGAGGAACAGAACUGGGCACGGCCCCACAGAACUUGAGGGGCCUCAGCAGUGCCCAGCACAGGGGAACGGGCACUGGUCCAGCUGGGGAUAAUGUUCUGAGCUCGGGUGAGACUGAAAUGAGGUGGGUGAGGCAGGGAAGGGCAGGAUGAGCCCCAGCAGGGGUGUGUCGGGUGAGACUGAAAUAGGGUGAGUGAGGCAGGGAAGGGCAGGAUGAGCCCGAGAAGGGGUGGUGGGUCGGGUGAGACUGAGAUGGGGUGGAUGAGGCAGGGAAAGACCGAGGGUUAAGUCCGAGCAGGGGUCAGUCGGGUGAGACUGAAAUAGGGUGAGUGAGGCAGGGAAAGGCAGGAUAAACCGGAGCAGUGGUUGGUCGGGUGAGACUGAGAUGAGGCAGGUGAGGCAGAAAAAGGCAGGAUGAGCCCGAGAAGGGGUGUGUCGGGUGAGACUGAAAUAGGGUGAGACUGAAAUAGGGUGCAUGAGGUAGGGAAGGGCGGGAGGAACCCGAGCAGUGGUCGGUCAGGCGAGACUGAGAUGAGGCGGGUGAGGCAGGAAAGGGCAAGAUAAGCCGGAGCAGUGGUCGGUCGGAUGAGACUGAAAUAAGGUGCCAUCUCUUCCUUGCAAAGACAGAUGGAGAUCCAAGAAUCUGAGCUUCGGAGAAUCAGAUCUGAAAAGGAAUUGCUCCAGAAGCAGCUCAGAGAGAGAGAAGUCCAGCUCCAAGCUGUGUCUGACAAGCUCUGCAGCCUCACAGAAGAACAGAGGCAGGAAGAAGCGGUGGUGAUGAUGGAGGAGGAGAACCACAACCUUCAACGGGUUGUUACAGAACAGGAACUCCAGCUGGCUGAGCAGAACAAGCUCAUCAGUGAGCUACAGGGGACAGUCAGCCAGCUGCAGGCUGAGGUUGUGACCACCCGCCUCCACCUCCUGAUGCAGAAACAGGCCCAGAAGGAGACCCAGAGCCAGGUUGAGACACUGCAGCACACAGAGCUGCAAAGCAGAGUGGCACUGGAGCUCAUCAGCAGCAAGUUUGAAAGGUUUAGAAACAAAAUAAUCCAGGCUACGUUCAGCGUGGAGGGCAGCCAGGACCCCCAGGGCGAGCUCACAGAUGAUGAAGUGCUGGAGGCAGUGCAGAAAAUCUUUAAUGAGCGGACGGAGUUCCAGCAGAUGCUGAAGAACAAGGGCAGCAAGACAUCACUGCUCAGCAGUGACAGCAGCACAGCAUCACCAGCUAGGAGAAGGAAAUCCUCCAGGAUGGAAAGGCUCUGAUGGCUGAGCCAGAUCCCAUCACCAGCCUCAGGCUCUGGGCUCUCAGCUCGGAGCUGGUGCCUUACAACAGAUUAAACUCAUUUUACUGACACCAAGUUCUGUGGGAGUAUCUGGUUCAAUUGUUUCAGCCAGCUCAGAGCUCAAGUCACAGGAAGUCCUUGGUCUGUAGUAACACUUGACUUCCCAGAGAAGCCUGAAGCACAAGCAGACUUGGCUACAAGCAGCUGGGGAGUGUAUAAUUCCCAUUUUUGCCGUGGGAAGUUUUUAAGUGACCUGACUGAACAUCCCCCAAUGCCAAAACGAGGGACAGUGCCAGGGCUGCAGAAGCUGUUUUAUUUUUCCAUUCCAUGUGCAAGUCCCAACAUGGGGAUGUAUUUGACAUAGCAGCAGUUCACUUAGAGCUCUGAGAUAUCAUUUUUACCAGAAGAGAGUCAGUCUGGGGGAGUUAACUGGUUUAGGGAGAGGUGUGAGUUCACACCAGUGCUCACACACACACAAAUAUAGGUCACCCAGAGACUGCCAAACAAGAACUGCUCCAAUUUCCUGUAUUUUGGAAGGCAAAAAUAUGUGGUUGGGGCAGAAAGCUCCAGGAGGGUCACUCUGGGCAUCAGUGCCUGUACUCUGGGGGGACAGGGAGCUCAGCAGUGCCAGCUGGAGGCAGCUCUGAAUGCACCUGAACCUCCUCAGCAAGAACAAAGCCAAUGCUCAACCACAGUAACUCUCUAGCACACACAAGGUCACCACAAUUCCCACAGGGAUGGAGGGUGGCCCUGAAAUGCACUGGGACACACAAACCCUGCAGCUGACACAACAAAUCCCUUAAAAAUGGAAGCUGUGCUCAUGCCUGAACACAAAAACCGUCACUUUAAAAUGCAUCCCUCAAGUUCUGACAGCAAUUAAAUGCUUCUGACAGCAACUAAAUGUUCACAGUUACUCCAAAUAAAAUUUUGCAGAACAAGAUGUCAGCAAAGUGCUUUGGCAUUCUGACUCCAGGUUGUACCCAGCAGAGGACCUCAGUUCCACACUGCCAAUUCCUGCAUUUUUCUGUUGCCAUAAUAAUGAUCCAGAUGAAACACCAAAAGGAAAAAGUGAUCUUGCAGAAAAAUGUGGUUGUGCUUGUUUUAACCAUUGUAACGAUUUUCUCUACUGCAUUCUGACAUCCAACAGCUUCUCUGCCUUCAGUCCAUGUUUGAAGAUGCUGCUCUUUUGCACAGGCCUAACAUGGAUGAUCUCUGUUAAGGAUGAAAAAUCCCAAUUCUCCUUGCUGUAGCUCAUCAAACUCUGAAGCCACUGCCUUCCCAGCAGGAUGCUCCACAUCUUUAAAAACCCAAACCAUCUCACUGUGCACCAGUUGUGUUGUUGAAUAUACGAAAAAAAAA